AUGGGAACCCUCAGCAGCGCCGGCGCGGUGCAGCUCUAUCAAGGCUGGCGGCGGCAGCAGCAGAAGCGGCAGCGGCGCGCGGAGGCCCACACCCCGCGCAGCUCCCACAGCGCACGCGCAGCUGCGGUGCAUCCGUCCUCGUUCUCGCACGCCACCAGCCACCUCACCGCAGGCACAGCCAAGCAGAACUGCGAGCGCGACGUCGACGUGGACGCCAUGCUGCGCUCUUUCCAACGCCUGUACGCGGUGAUGCACGAUGAGGGCAGUCGUCAAGGCCACGAUGCCGUCGCCACAGAAAGGGUCGCUCGCGCCUCACACUCCGUCCCCUGCUCGCCGCAGCGGCGAACCUGCACCUCCCCCACGCGCUCACAGCAGCGCCAUGUGCACACCGCGUCUCAGCAGACAUUGCACGGCGCCGCUGCUGCCAUCCGCGUCCCCCUCAUGGACUUUGGCAGCGACAGCAUCAUCAUCAUCGACGACGACGACGGCCGCCGCUAUGGCUCCGGCACGAAGUUGGUGACGGCAGACAAGAAGUCCGUGAAGACCCACAAGAGCCCGCGACCUACGGCGGGGUCGGCAGCGGCCAGUGUGAAGGUCGUGUCGCCUGCGCUUACCAGCACAGACACCUCCGCGAUCACCUCCAGCCCCUCGAAGCCUUCCACCUCGACCUCGCGGUCAUGCUCGCAGCCACGGCAGCCUCAGGCUCAGCGAUACCAGUGCCCCAACUGCUGUCGCCGAUGCAGCUCGUGUGACUGCGUCGGCCUACCGCGUCAGGUGAACGCUCAUGAGCAUCGCUCUCGCGGCGCGGUGGCCGGUGCCGCUCAUGGCAGGUAUCACGCGCGCUCCCCCUCGCCGGCGCGCGUUCGCUGGGUGUCGUCCGCCGAUGGUGCCGCCGCGAAGAAGAACGGCGCACCAGCGGUAUCGAAGACGGCAACUGUGGACUCCCUGCGCCUGCAGUGGCCGGGUCAGCUACGUGCGACACCCUCUCGACGCCCGUCGCCAGAGCAGCUGUCCUCACCAGAGGUACAGUGCCGCUCUACCCGACGUGCGCGUCACAGAAGCGGGCAGCAGUCGCCCACCCACGGCAGGCAUCACUGCCGUCAUGAUCGACGUGUUGACCGCAGUUGCGGUGCGCACCGCAGAGGAAAGUCGACCUCUGCGGACGCGGUGGCCGCUGUGUCGUCUACACGCGGCCGCGUGGAUCACGGGAAGGGCGAAGCGGUUCUCCGCGACAUCGCCACGCGCACGUGCACGUGCUACUGGGCUGAGUUCUCCGGCUUUACAAUGGCGGUGAACCCCGCCUCGCAUGCCGCUGACUGCCCAUACCAAGCGCACGAGGCCCUCUACGCCGAGGUAAUGCUGGAGAGCAAGACCGACGACGGCGGCAGCGGCUCUGCCAGCACCUCCUCUCACAGUCGAUGCUCCUCCUCUGCCUCCUUGCACGGCCGCGGCGACAGGUUUGACAAGCGAAGCUGCUCGAGGCAUUACCGGCCGGAAUACGCCGCCGGCGCGGCGGACGCCUCGGCGCGACAGCGGCGCGCGGGGCAGCUCAGGAUGGCACUGGAUGACCCCGAGGCCAAGCGCACGCGCGGCCGCGCCGCCAUCAUGGGCUCCACGAAGCGGCGGACGUACAUAGAGAGGAUCAUGGACGCUGCCCGCGAUGCUCCGUCGCCACAGCCGCCACGCUCUGGUGGCCGCCGCAGCAAGGCAAACGCCACGGAAACUUCAUUGGCGGCGAAGCAGGACGCGGAGGUCACUGCAGCGGCAGCGCCACUGCCCUCCUCCCCAACGGCGGAGGCCAGCCUACUGAGUGGGGAAGCACCACCAAAGCUCGAAGAUGAGCAGCCGCCGCAGCUGCCCUCAAAUCGGUCAUCCUCAGAGAAUGGUGCAGCGGCGCCAGCUUCCGACGAAGGCGCAACCGCACCCCCCGCUGCCGCCGAGGACAAGGAUGGUGCGCCAGCUGUGGAAGACCAGCACGACGAGGCCGGCCGGAGCAGCAGAGGGGAGAAGCAGCCGUUGCCCAACGAUGAGAGCGCCUUGCGAGCCCUCUCCCGCCCGCGCCGCCGCCCCGCCGUCGGGGUGCCAGGCCCCGGAUCCUACCACGUGGAUCUCGCCUACGCGGCCAGCUCCGCAGCGCACGGAAUUCGCGGUGCCGCGAUCCCGAAGUCGGCCCGUAUGCCCGCCGUCAAGUCCGUCACCCCAGGCCCAGGCGCCUACGACGUGUACAAGCGUGAAGAACGCAAGGCCUUCACAGCGGAGCCCGUCGCUGCUGGCGGUGCGGCGGCGACCACCGCCGCCGAUGGGGACGCUACGGACGGCAAGGAUGCAGACACCGCUCCAACCACGGGAAAGCAUGUGAUCGGCAAAGGCGUCGUCUUCGCCAGCACCGGUGCUCGACAGCUACAGCUGCGGUACGGCGAUGCCUACGUGCACACCUCGACCUGGGCGAAGCGCGCGGCUGCCGUGCCGGGGCCUGGUGCCUACAAUAUCGUCGACGGCGACCGCUACGACCAGAGCAAGCAGCUCGGUGCGGCACGGACAGGCCACCAGUUUUCCAAGUCCGCUGACGGGGCGCACUUUUCUGUUGUGUCCACCGCCGCCGCAGCAGCAGCAGUAGCGUCCCUGCGCGCCUCACUUGUCGUGCCGUGGCGCGACUGGGCCGGUGGCGCGUACAUCGGCACGACCACAUCCAACUUCGUGGCGCACCCGUCCCUGGCCGGUGGUGAUCGGCGCACUAUUGGGCAGACGGUCGCUGCAGACCCAUGCACAGACCGCUGCGGCAACACGUCAGCUGCUGUAGCGGCGGCUGCAGCCGCCGCCGACGGCAGUGUGUGGAGGGGUGUCGGCAGCGGCGUAGCUCUGCGUCUGACCAGCCAGCGCUUCCCUGUGAAGGCGGCAGGCGCACCCGCGGCUGCCGUGGUCGAGGGGCACAACUCGAAGACCGGCCGCACCGGAAACGCGGAAGGCGCCGCUCCGCCACCCGGAGAACCCAGCCCGGCCACGUACGAUUUGGAGCGCGCGCUGCGGUGGGUGCAACGUCGCGCGCCAGAGGUGUCUAUGACAUUCCGCCACGACCGCGGUCCGCGAGGACCGCUCCGCUCCGCUGCGGGAGCCGCCGAUGACGGCACCCUUGCCAGCGCAGUCGGCGGCGGUGCAGCGCGAAUGGCGGUAUCACCUUUAUCGCACCUCCUCAGCGACGACGUCGGCUUCGGCCCUGGACCUGCCACGUACGACGUGUGCGGCGGCGAGGUGUGGCGCAUGCGCCGCAGUCCGCAGUGGUCCUUUGGCACUGCAGCGCGAUACGCGCCGAGCGCGGCAGUGCCAGUGAGCGCACCCGGGGAGGGCGCAAAAGACGUGAAUGGCCGGGCCCUGCACGCCGUCGACCACCCUGGCCCUGGCGCCUACGAUACGGAGGCCGGUUAUCGCGCACUGCAGCGCUCCGUGGCGAGCGCACUCAUCCCCACCGCGCCGCGGCUCCCUGUCGGCGACAGCAACCGUGCCGGUGUCCAGGGCACCGCAGUCACGGCUGGCGACACGGAUAAUGGCGCGCGUGCGGGCCCAGGAGCCUACGAUGUGGAGAGCGGCUAUAGGGUGGUGCGCGAGAGCGUCAAGGGUGGAGUUAUACCGCGUGCCGGGGCAGAUGCGCGGGCCAAGGUCGACGACGAAGAGGCGCAGGACGGUGGACCGGGCCCUGGUGCGUACACUCUGCCGGCUCUGCCGCAGAGCGGUCCCACCGCGUACCUCGGCAUGAGCGCGCCGCGCUUCCCGUAUGAGCAGACCCUGGCGGCCACGGAGGGCAAUGGUGGAGGGCACGGAGCAGCAGCAGCCAACGGACACCCGCCCCACCCCAACACCAGCCUCUUCCUUGCCCAUCUAGCCACCCCCGGCCCUGGCGACUAUGACGUCGACGCCGCCACGAGCCUCGUGAACCGCCCGGGCGCAAUCAUCGGCCGCGCCACGCGAGCCUCGCUGCUCGUGCCGACUGGGGUGACCCCCGCGAAUGUGGGUCCUGGCAGCUACAUGCUGCCCGCACUGCCGGCUGGCCGAGGGGCCGUGAUGUCCACCGCGCGUGCUGUUGCCACCGCCGAAAGGGGCGACGCGGCAGAGCGGCCAGGUCCGGGACUCUACGACCCCGUGGACAUGCAUGCGUCGUCGACGCGCACCUUCUCGCUUGCUCGCACGAGCGCGCGCUUCCCCGAUAGCGACGCACACGCUGCCGACGCUCCGGGCCCUGGUGCGUACGAGGUGGUGGACCUCAGCCCACCCGGGCGGAGCGCGGUGAUGGGCUCUGCAGUGGCACGUCCGGAUCUGGAGUGGAAGGAGGGCAACGGCGACGGCACUGGUGCCUACAGCCCUCAGUUCGCUCAAGUCGAGAAAAGCGCGCCGCGGGUGGUGCUGGCACGCGCCCCUGCAGGACGAGGCGCCCCCUACUACUACGCGGGCGGUGACGCGUCGAUGCCGUCCCACGAACACCGCGCCGGUGCCGGUUCCGAGCUGGGUCCGGGGCAGUACGACCCACAGUACCCGUCCGACGUAGUGCAGGCAGAACGCGGCUACACCUUCGGCUCUGCCCCUCGCGCCACCGCCGUGGCAAGCGCGGUGGAUGGGCCGGGGCCUGGUGCCUACGAAGUGCGGAUGACGCGGGACGGUCGAUUGGUGAACGGCGGCGACGGCAGUGGCGCGACGCGCAUUGGCACUGCGCCGCGGUUGGGAGAGGAGGGCGCGUCAGCGACGAUGUCCGCAAGCCCGGGACCCGGAGCGUACAUGCCGGAGGCGUACACCGACAUGGGUGCCGGCUGUGGCGGCGGAGCGCUCUCUCUGGCGGUCCGCAUUGGAACAGCUCCCCGGAUCGUGGGUGGCGACGACGCACGUGUGGCGAUGGACGUCCCGGGCCCCGGGGCGUACGACCCGAAUGACGCCGCGAUUCGCCCAGCGCGGUCGGUGCACCGCUUUGGGACAGCGGCCCGCCUAGCCAACGAGGUUGAAGAGGCCGCCGAGGCGGACGGCGUGGGUCCUGGCGCCUAUGAUGUCGAGGCGGGCCUGGCGCACUGCUCACAGGGGCCGACCGCCGCCGCCUACAGCUUUCCACGGGCUGGCGGCAGUGGUGGUUAUAGUGGCAACCUGGGUGUGGGGAAUGCAGCAGCUGGCGGGAUAGCGGAGUCUCCGGGCCCCGGAGCGUACAGCGUGGAGGCCGCCUACCGAGCCACGCUGCCCCGCCCCGCCAUCGCUAUCCUCUCUGGUGGGGCGAGCGGCGUCAAGGGCUUUCGCGGCAACGACGAAGGCGAAGCAUCCUCCCCAGGACCUGGAGCGUACCAUCUGCCACCUUUCUUUCCUGAAGGCCCGCAGUGGGGGUUCGGCACCUCGAUGAGGAGUGCAGCAGCAGACGUGGCGGAUGGAUCAUCAACCCUCGCGACCGCCUCGCCGGGCCCAGGCGAGUACGUCGUACCGGCUCCUGCGCCGCUGCAUAGCGGCGCCUCGUUCUCAAAGGCAGAGACAGCGUCGCCCGUCGGCGACGCCACCUCGCCGGGGCCUGGGACAUACAACGUGGUGGAUGCUGCGGUGCGACCAUCCGCGCCUGGGGUGCGCUUCGGGACCGCAGCGCGGCACGCCUGCACUGGCGUGUCUGCCGGCGACGUCGACACUGCGGCGGUCGGCGUUCACGACGGUGGCGUGCCGUGGACGCCAGGUCCGGGUGCGUACUCGCCGAAUGUGAAUGCCUCCUCUACGUCACGCUCUACCCGGGCCGGUCCGACCUUCGCGCAGGCGCCACGCAUGGCGCCAUCCGCGUCCACCGAUGUGGUGGGAUGGGGUGCAGGGGCGGAGGAAGGCGACAUCGGCCCGGGCGCUUAUGAUCCUCAUGGCGAUAUGGCAGCCAGUGCAGCGGCGGCACACCGCUUCGGCACCGCACCGCGCAUGCCGCCCCCCACCGCCCCUGGUGCUGCCACAAAAGGCGAUGUUGGGCCUGGCAGCUACAUGAUCGAGGCAGCUGAUGCACAGGUGCUGCCUCGCGUGCCGUCCCACACCAUGGCACCGCCCGCGCCGCACGCACCACGACUGCAAGAGCCGCGACCGGGCCCGGGGAGCUACGAGUAUCCGGUCGCCGUCCAGGAGCACCGGCGGUCGGCGCUGGUGCUGGGUCGUCACGGUGAUUCGACGGACAUCACACGUGACACGCCGGGUCCAGGAGCGUACGACCCAGACACCGCGUACAACUCUACUCAGGUAGCACGCCAGCCGGGCGGGUUCACCAUGCAAGGACGUCCGAUAGCGUCGAUGCAAGUGGGGUUGGCAGAGGGGCCUGGGCCAGGCGCGUAUAACACCGAUGCCUCCGCAGCAUCGGUGGCUGCAGCGCACCGCUUUGGCACAGCCCCACGGAUGCUGAGCGCCGCGAACGGCGACGCUGGCGUCGGCCCUGGCGCCUAUGACCUCCCAGCGCCACCCGCCAUUCGCCAACCGGUGAGCUUCGCACAAGCGCCACGGGAGGUGGUCGUGGGCUCGCACGAAGACAACGCCGCCGACCUGCACAGCGGAAACAUGCGUGGUGGCUCUGUCGGUGGCGGCACCCCCGGGCCCGGGUCGUACGACGUUGGGAGCGCCAUCGACUGCACACAUAUGGGCGGACGGGGCCCGAGCUUUACUAUUCCGCGUGGGCCGCGGCCAGUGCUGCGCAGUGGGGACGUCGACGCCUCCCCGCUCGUGGGGCCAGGCACGUACAGCCCUGUCGACCCGACGUCGCACCACCACGGCGGCGGCGGCAGCAGCAGCAGCACCAACGGCCCUUCCGCAACUUUCGGCCUGGCAGAGCGUACCGCGAACACCGUCAAGAGCGGUAGUGACGCACCCGGCCCAGGCACGUAUGACCCCCACCGUCCUAGUCUCGCCAACGGAGCCGGGAUCGGACCGUCCUUCGGCUCCGCGGUUCGGAUGGACGACGUGGGUGGCGCGGCGCUGGGAGCUACUCCCGGUCCCGGCGCCUACGCGGUGGCACCCUCCUUCAAGGCAACCUCGGCUGCCGGAUCAGCGCCGGGGCUGCGCUUCGGCACCGCGAGGCGGCCAUCGGCGGUGCUGAACGAAAACCCAGGCCCUGGCAGCUACGCUGUCGCCGGCUACGACGCUGCCCCUUGCGGUGCGGCGACGGCGCCGUCGUUUGGGCAAGCGGAGCCGCGACCACACCUGGCAUGCAGCGGCGUGGACACCCCCGGCCCAGGGGCCUACUACCGCGCGAGCAACCUCGACGGCACGUCGACUACACCCGGCCCAAGCUUCGGCUUUGGCGAGCGGAUGAGUGCGACACCAGGUACGGCUACUCCAGGCCCCGGCACCUACUACAGAGACUCAGCGGCGUCGGUAGCGGCGGGUGUGGUGGAGGGCAGAGGUGCCAGCUUCGGGCUUGGCGAGCGGGCCUCGCCGGUGCUGAACAACUACCCCGGGCCCGGCACCUACUUCCGAGGCGCCGGUCUUGCAGCCGAUGCGGCAGCGCUGCGCGGGCCAUCGUUUGGCACGGGCGGUCGUCACGACCCAAAACUGAACAACAACCCCGGACCAGGAGCCUACUUCAGGGGUAUACUGCCCGCAGCCGCCAGCGCCGCCCAACCACCACCGCGACGACCCACGGCGGCAGACACGCUGCGAAAGCUUGCCAGCGUCGGAUACCCGAUGCUGGCAAGCAAGACGAACCCAGCGACGACGGCCACAGCCACCGACAGCCGCAGCACUGGGUAG